GCCCGAGUCAACAUGCCCUAGCAUCAAACACUCCCGCCCACCAACCAUGGCCGACAAGCACCUUAGCAACGAUGAGUUCUUCGCGCGUCUCAAGGAACUCUUCGAUGUGCGCCGCGAGAAGGAUCACGGUACCGUCUACCUGACACAGAAGCGGAUGACUUACGAUCCUGCCACUGUCGGCAACGCAUCCAAGCCCACGGCCCCAUCCGCUCCGCUCACUGACCUCAACCCCACCGAGCCGCUUCCCGUCAUCAUACGCGCGACCAACGGAAAGUCCAAGGAGCACCGCAAAGAAAAGGUCAAGCUGAGCACCAUUGUCGUGCCGGACGCGCUCGAGGGCUUCUAUGCCCGUUAUGCCGAUACGUGCAAGGCCGGGAUGAGCGCGCUGAAGCCUAGAGAUCGCAGUCGCAGGAAGAAGGACAAGCAGCGGAAGAAGAACAAGGCGGCAGCGGCGACGGCUUGAGCUCAGGAAAAGAAAGGCGCUGGGAGUUCUUCGUUGGGAUAUGGCAUAGAAUAAGGAAGAUGACCGCUGGCGCGCGUUCGGAGUGGCGCGCGUGCGAGACGGGCGUUACAUGCAUUGAUGCGCAAAUAUGCGGAGAUAUAUACCUUCUUCUGUUCACUACGAAGCGAUCCCUCCAGCAUUUUAUUAUCGAGGCGGAGGGCGCAGGCCGUACGCUUUCGGUAGUAGGGAAAAAAGCAUAAACAUCAUCAGGCCGUCCUAGAUGCAGGGCGCGUUUGUAUUUCAGCACAACAGUCGCCAAUGUAUAGGGAAUCUACGGUGUGUUUACGUCU